CCGGAAGUUAAGGAUUUUAGUACAUCGAUAUCUCCCGCGAAAUAUGUGUGUGUAAAGAUAGAAUUGGCAAAGAGAUACAUCCCACGAUGGAUGAGGGCCCGUUGCAUUUUCCUGGAAACAUUCGCUGCAUGGGACUAGGCAUGGGCGGCACAAGCACCUGUUGGAAGACUGGGGAGCUUGUAAUGCAGCAGGAAAGAGGUGGUUAUAGGUGCACCGUGAAAUAUGCGGUUGGGUCCACUGAUGGAAGUUACUUGUUAAACAAAGAAACAGUUAAAAAUGUGGUAAACAAAAGUCGCAUAAUCAUCCAGUUAAACAAUAGUUCUAAAAAGCAUUCAUAUCCAGGGUAUGGAACCAAGUCAGAAAAAAUACCUGGCAGAUUUACUGAAUAAACUCCGAGCAGGUGACCUUCCAUUGAAAGGACAUGUAGAUACCUCCAGACCUAAUACCACAGUAAUAAGCUCCCCAGUGCAACCCUCAUUGUACAGGCCAACACCACACCAGGUUGCCACACCUGCCAGGACACCUGUAUCUGAGAAACUUAAGCAGGAGUCCAGGGUUCCCAAAGGAAAGCAUAUAAUAUUUGACAUCUCCAGUGGUGAAGAUUUAGAAUUUGAUGAAGAGAAGGAGGACAAAGAAAAUAAGGAAAACAUAACCAGUGGGAAUCAAACUCCAAGUAGAAGUGGUUCAUCAAGGAGCUUCUUGGAACGAGGCCAGGAGAAAUCCCAGGAAAGUCUUCGAGCCACAACUGCCAAGCAGUUCUAUGGUGCUGGGCUCUCUACACCUAGAGAGUAUGGAGGGUUUGCAUAUAGGACUCGCAUCAAUAAACGUAACCCAGGAUUCCUCAGUGAUCCUCACCCUGCUAAACGGUCCAGGCUUGCUGAUGAUGCCUUGUCUUAUACCUGGAAAUCCAGUAAGCCAAGUCUACAGGCAGUCAACAAACAACAGUCAGAAUUACAAGGGUUCUCCAACCUUGGUAACACAUGCUACAUGAAUGCCAUAUUGCAGUCCUUGUAUGGCUUGGAGCCUUUUGCUGCAGACCUGCUGAAAACCAAGUCAGUCUUUUUCAAGAUGAUGAACAAGGAUCCUCCAUCAUUAUAUUUGGCCUUGUACAGACUGCUUCUUGCCAAGAAAAGACAAGGAAAAUCUCCGGAGAAAAAAAGAGAACUCCUUAGAAAUGUGAAACAGGCCAUUUCAAGUUCUGCAAAAAGAUUCUCAGGAAAUGAGCAACAUGAUGCACAUGAAUUUUUAUGUCAAGUUAUAGACCAGUUAAAGGAAGAGGUGAUUAAAGCCAAUGCAGCCACCCCCAGUCCUGACCCAAAAGAUAAAAAUAUGUUCAUGCAGUCGUCCAUAGUCAACCCAACAGUGCAGAACUUUGAAUUUGAAGUUCUUCAUACUAUCCAGUGCCAAGAAUGCAAAGAAGAAGUCUCCAAAGCCGAGCAAUUCAAUGACCUGUCUUUAGACAUGCCCAAAAGAAGGAAAGACCAGGAAUCUCCACCAACAAUCCAAGAUUCCUUAGAUCAGUUCUUCAGGAGAGAAUUCUUGGAAUAUAAAUGUGAAAAAUGUGGAGCCUCAAAGGCUCAGGUUACACAUAAGUUUACAAAGUUGCCAAGAAUAAUAAUCUUGCACCUGAAGAGGUAUCACUUCCAUGUUGGUAAUUCCAUGCAGGCCAAAUCUGGGCGCAGUGUAGGGAUUCCUAAAUUUUUAACACUACAGAAGCAUUGUUUAGAAGAAACCACACCACCAUACCCAGCUGCAGUGCCAUCUGCAAUACAAAGUCCAAGAAAAACUGCUUUGGAUGAGAUUUCCCUGGAAAAUCAAAACCAAACUAUUACUGACACCCCCCGACGCCGCCUAGACUACCCAGUACUUAGCAGUGAGAAGAAGUAUAAAUUCCAACGUAUACGGCCUCCAGCCUCUGAUUCAGACAACGACUCUGUGCAAAAAGUUUUGGAACUCAGCAAACAUGAGACUUCAAAAGAGGAUAUGGAACUUAAAAAGGCAAUUGAGCUGAGCAAAAUGGAGAAUGUGAAAGGUCCCAGUGCUAAUGAAGCUGAAGAACUUGACAGAGCAAUUCAGCUCAGUCUUGGUAAAGCAGAAAAGACAGCUGAGGCUUUGCCUCUUGAUCUAGGCAGUGAAGCUGAAAAACAGAUGAGCAGUGAACUGGACAGACAUGAAAGUCAGUUUAUUAUAGAAAGCAGUAACAUUGAAAGCCUGAGUGAAGAGGACCAGCUCCAAGCAGCGCUGGAAAUGAGUUUACAAGAGGCAGAGGAUUUGAAAAACUCCCAGGAUCCAGAAACUGGAAGCACUUUACAGCUUAUAUCUGAGCAUAAUAACAUUGACAUGGACAAUGUGGCAUUUGAUGAUGUAUCAAAUACAGAAAAUCCCUUUCAGUUAAAAGGUGGUUCAAAGGAAAGUGUUCUUGAUUAUUAUGAUAAUCAAAUUGAUACCAGGCAGCAGGAAAAACAAGAUGUCCAAGUACCUAACUCUAAGAGAAAAAGUGAGGCAGUAGUUCAUGAUCUGCCACCAGAAAUAAUUAUUAGCAGUGAUACGGCUAAAAGCAGCAGUGAACAUGAAAUUGACUUCACGUCUUCCACACCUUUAAAGAUGACAACUCAAACUUACUCACUGAAAAAUUUAAAGCGCUCAGUAGAAAAGAAACCUCCUGUCACUGAAACAAAAGAAAAAGAAUCCCACAAUGAAUCCAAGGACCCCGAUUGGAUAAGGGAUCACCAAAGAAUGCAAGAAGAUGAAGCAAUGAAAGAGGCUAUUAAAAAAAGUAUUGAAGACAUGAAAGAACAGCCAAGGGAUUUUGAUAAAGAUUUGGAGGACGAACAGUUAAGAAAAGCCAUGGAGCUUAGCUUGAAAGACGCCUACCCAGAUGGUGUUAUGGUUAACUAUGACACAGACGAGGAGGAUAUUGAAAACGAGUCGACUUCAGACAGUGAUGAUAAAUGGUAUCAAGAGAAACUGAAACAUAACAUGGAGCAGGGAGACAUGCCCUACUCUUACAGAUUAAUGAGCAUUGUCAACCAUCUAGGCAGUAACUCUUCCUUUGGUCACUAUAACAGUGAUGUGUAUGAUCUUCAAAAGAAAAGCUGGUAUAGUUAUGAUGAUAUAGAGGUCGCCAAGGUCUCAGAGAGAAGGGUACGCACAGACAGGGCAACAACUGGGUACAUAUUCUUCUACAUGAGCAAAGAAAUUGUUGAUGAACAGGAAAGUGCUUACAAGUCUCUUUUCCUAGAGCAAAAGUCUGUUGGAAGUAGCAGCAUUUAGAGUUCUUCCUAAUGUAAACCAUUAAAGGGAGAUCAAAGAGGUUUAAAGAAAAGGUGCAUUCUGUCGAGUUUUGAGUAGGUGCAUAAUCCAGUUUUAUUUGUGCCUCUCAUUCUCUUUAGAGAGUUUAUUUAAGAUUGUUACCCCCGGUAGUUGGUAUACUAAAUUUUACAUAGUAAUGUAUCAUUUAUGUAUACUAUAAAAUAUUCAUUCAAUAUUAUACUUAAGAACGGUGCAAAUGAGAUGAAAUUAUUGUUGUAAUAUUGUAACAUGAAAUUAUUCUCUUCAUUUUCAUGAUAGAGCAGAUAAUAAUGUAUUUUACAUGUAGGCUGUUUUAACAAUAUAAUUAAAAAAUAUAAUUUCAAAAUAGUUCAAAUCGGUGCAAGUAAAGUAAAACCAUUGCUGUAAUUUUGGAAACAACAUGAAACUGUUUUUCUUCAUUCUUUUGAUGCAUUAUUACAUCUUAACAUUCCCUUGGCUUCAUUAAUUUUUAUAGAAAUUGAAUAAAGCUAAGGUGAGACUUGUCAAAGUUUGUGUUUAUCACGUUGUAUUGGUAAAUGGUUGUUUAGAAUAAAUUACCAUUAAGUUAA